UCUAUAAAUACACAUUAAAUCAAACCGAUCCUCACAACUCAAGUUUCUGUCUCUCCCGUUCUCUCUUGGUGGUCCAUAUCAUAUGCUUCUCUUCUAAAGGGCUUCUCCUACUGUUCUCCCAUUUGAAGAAGCGGAGAGUCGGAGCGCAAGAGAAGUCAUCUGAAGCCAUUCAUUAAUCGAAUGAAGAUGAGGAAACAAUUCAUGGAACAAGUGAUCGGGAUUCCAGUGAUCUCAGGAUCCUUAUUAUUGACUGAUUCUGAUUCCAUGCAAUGUCGAUCCAGUAAGCGUGGUGAUCAAUUGCAAAAGUUAGGAAAAGGUUCGAUGCUUAAGAGGAUGAACAAGCUCGGGAAGAAGGCUGAUGUUUUUGCUCACAGUUUCCGAGAUCAUGUGAGGUCGAGUCCCAAGAUAUCAGAAACAGUGAAAGGGAAGCUGAGCUUGGGUGUUCGAUUCCUUCAAGUGGGUGGAAGGGAGAAAGUUUUCAAGACACUGUUUAAUGUCUCUAAAAAAGAGACACUCCUAAAGGCUUCACACUGUUGCUUGUCGACUACAGCGGGUCCCAUUGCCGGCCUCCUCUUCAUCUCCACCAGGAACAUAGCAUUCUUCAGUCACAGAUCCUUAAAGCUGUCCUGUCCGAAUGGUGACACCGUCAAGGUGCAUUACAAGGUAUUGAUCCCACUAUCAAAGCUAGAGAGAGCAAACCAAAGUGAGAACGUCGAGAAACCAUCCCAGAAGUACAUACAGAUAGUUACUGUAGACAACUUCGACUUCUGGUUCAUGGGAUUCCUGAAUUAUCAGAAAACCUGGAAAUAUCUUCAGCAGGCACUCUUCCUCGAGCAUAGAUGUGAUAAAUAAUGGUAGUUUUGUGCUUUAGGAAAAACUCUCAUUUUCUUCUUUGUCCUAAUUUCUUAUGACAUGUAAAUUUGGAGAAUAUCAACAUCUUUAGCUGGUUGACAAAUUGUAAAGAACUUUGUUACCGAGAAAUGUGAAUCUGCUUUAAGUUUCAUCAAUGGUCUGUCAUCCUCGAAGAAUAUCUCCCCCAGCUGGAAAGGAAUACAUACACAAUGCUGUGCUAAGGAAGCUUAUCUGCAACUUAAAUGAAACUUCAAACUGGCAGUUUUAGGCUUUUAUUCUGUACUUUGAUCGGCUCUGCGAGCUUUAGUCACCACCAAAAGAUGAUAAACUAAGGUCUGAUGUUUCCUUAU